GCCAUGCAUUUUUCUCUGAGCAGCACAGAGACCUCACUGGCACAGGAGCUGCUGUCUUCCCAUAAUGUGGCUUCUUUAUUCAGUGAUAUUGGCUUCUUUUGUUGCUUCUACAGCCUGUGCAGAACACCCACCUUUGUCACCUGUGGUGGACACUGUGCAUGGAAAAGUCCUUGGAAAGUAUGUCAGCCUGGAAGGAGUUGCACAGACUGUGGCCAUUUUCCUGGGAGUCCCUUUUGCCAAACCCCCUCUCGGAUCCCUGAGGUUUGCUCCUCCACAGCCUGCGGAACCAUGGGAUGAUGUGAAGAACACCACCUCUUACCCUCCCAUGUGCUCCCAAGAUGCAGAGCAGGGAAAGCAGAUGUCAGAGCUAUUUAGCAACAGAAAGGAGAAAAUUCCUCUGACAUUUUCUGAAGAUUGUCUUUACCUAAACAUUUAUACUCCUGCUGACUUGAAGAAGAACAGCAGCCUGCCUGUGAUGGUGUGGAUCCAUGGAGGUGGUCUGUGGAUGGGCGGGGCUUCCACCUAUGAUGGACUGGCCCUCACUGCCCUUGAGAAUGUGGUGGUAGUGACCAUUCAGUAUCGCCUGGGCAUUUGGGGAUUCUUCAGCACAGGGGAUGAACACAGCCAGGGAAACUGGGGUCUCUUGGACCAGGUGGCUGCAUUGCGCUGGGUCCAGGACAACAUUGCCAACUUUGGAGGCAACCCAGACUCUGUGACUAUCUUUGGAGCGUCAGCAGGAGGUUCAAGUGUCUCUUUUCUUGUGUUAUCUCCACUGGCCAAGAACCUCUUUCACAGGGCCAUUUCUGAGAGCGGUGUGGCUGCUACUUUUCAAAUAGUUACGAAGGGUGUCAAACCCAUGGCUGAGAAAAUGGCUGCUACUGCUGGGUGUGAGACCACCACAUCAGCUGCCAUGGUUCACUGCCUGCGCCAGAAGACAGAAAAUGAGCUCUUGGAGACCCAGAAAAUAGUCUUUUCUGUUGUGACCCUUGUGAUUGAUGGAGUGAUGCUGUCCAGGGCACCAGAAGAGAUUCAGGCUGCAAAGAAUUUCAGCACUGUCCCUUACAUUGUGGGAAUCAACAAGCAAGAAUUUGGCUGGUUUCUUCCAUUGAUUUUGCGUGAUUCCUUAUCUGAAGACAUAUUGGACCAGAAGACAGGCACAUUUGAAAAGAAUGCCAGAAGCUAUUUUAACAUGUCUGAUAAUUCAAUUCACGUGGCCAUUGAGAAGUAUUUAGGAGCAACAAAUGACUCUGUCAAAAAGCUGGAACUCUUCAAGGACUUACUCACAGAUGUAUUUUUUGCUGUCCCAUCUGUGAAUGUUGCCCGUGGACACAGAGAUGCUGGGGCCCCCACCUACAUGUACGAGUUCCAGUAUCGCCCAAGCUUCUCAUCACCUUUGAAACCUAGCAGUGUGGUAGGAGACCACGGGGAUGAGAUUUUCUCAGUAUUUGGUACACCAUUUUUGAAAGAGGGGGCCUCAGAAGAGGAGCUCAAUCUCAGCAAGAUGGUGAUGAAAUUCUGGGCCAACUUUGCUCGGAAUGGGAACCCCAAUGGGGAAGGGCUUCCCCACUGGCCAAACUAUGACCAGAAAGAAGGGUACCUGCAGAUUGGCAUCACCACCCAGGCUGCCCAGGGCCUGAAAGCUGAGGAAGUGGCUUUCUGGACUGAGCUCUGGGCUAAGGAUGCAGUGGCGAAGCCAUCCUAGAGAGCACCCAUGAGUGGUGAAUGAGAGAACCAGCUAACCUCGGGAGCCUGGAGCAGCCAACAUAGACAUAUUCUACAGAGGGGGGCUUUUCUGUCACGGAAACUUUGUCUUGUGGACAGUGGAGAAUUGUGUGGUGGGGAUGUGCAAAGGCCAAGGAGGGGAAAGCUUGUUCUUCUGGUGUCAGGAGAAUAAAUGUUUAUUUGGUGAACACAUCA